AUGCUGCGCCAUCAUAUGGUUCCUCCACCUCCCCUGAUCAGCAAACUCGGAGACGAUCUCCUCGUCGAAAUCCUAAUUCGCGGCCUCCUAAACCCUAGAUUGGCUUGCCGGAGCAAGCUCGUCUGCAAGCAGUGGAGCUCCCUGAUCUCCAGCCCCUCCUUCAACCGCCGCUUCGUUUCUCACCGCCAGAGCAGGAGCGCGGGUGAACCACCUUUGACGCCGAGCUUCCUCCCCGUGCCCGGAUGA